UCAACGACUCUGAAGCGAUGACUAUCACUUCAUCGAUGCUGUGGUACCUCUGCCCACAUCUACAAAUUCCACGUGUCAUUGUUCCUCCCGGUGUUGACCACUUAGCUCGUCUUCCUGGUGAAGAGAACCGGUCGGUCGUCACCCCCCAGGACAAAGAAAGUUUGUCGCGAUGAAGUCGGCGACAUCGGUCCCAAAGCAGCUUCUCAAAGCUAUCGCGGCUAACGAGCACACCCUGUGAUGCAAGACACCCCACUCGUGCCACAUGAUCGGAGGGGAGAAUUUUCCCGAACGGUAGAGGCCAAGAUCCAUCCUGUUGCUCCAAUAAGUCAGAUCCCACAGCGGCGGCAGCUAGCUACGCGGACUUUCCCGGAACCGGACGUUCAGUGUGGUGGCGCGCGCACGUACCGCCAGUCGGAACACGUGCUGGUGGGGCCUGUUCGUUCGUCCAGGAUGACGUCCCAGAAUCUUUGGCGGUUUUUCGGUCCCCCAUAGACCUGCGUGUGUGGCAGAGUCGCUGUGUGUCCGUGACUGGGCGUACAGUUGGCACAGCAGUCUCGUCCGUUGUGCACAUCUGUAUGCACGAAUUGUUGUGAAAAUCAUUGCAAAGUUGACAGGCAAACACACACUCGCUCAUGCCCGAUUUCGGUGAGCCGUUGGCUG